AUGAAAUAAAUCAUAAAAAUUUAAUUCUGUCCAAAUGAUUACAGCUUUCAAUUACAUAACUUGAAACACACUGAUUAGGAUACAUACUAAUAUUCCAAAAAAGAAAGUUUGAAGAAUGAUGAUGUAGAAGCAGAGGAUGAUGACUAUGAUAAUAAUGGUGAUGAGUUCCAGCAUAGGAGAAAAUACAGUAGAAAUGAAUUAUUAAAUAGAAGAUGGUAUAAAUGA